AUGUUUCCCCGACGGCGCCAAGGGGAGAAGCUGGCUGACGAGGAGGAAAACGAAGCCAUGCAUGCUCCCUACGUCGUGCCCGCUCAGCCCCCACCGGCCCAAGACGCCCUGCCACUGAAAAUUCUUCAGCAAUCAGGGGCCCAACAGGAUCAAACAGUCUCGUCUCGAACACGGAAUGCAACGAAGUGCCUCCAUGGGCACCCUCACCCACAAUCUGCGGAGAGUCUGCACGGGCAACAACCUGCGAAGCGCUUGUCGGUGGCCAAUCUCCAAAAGAUAUAUGGAGAGGCGCAAGGAGAGGUGCAGCGUGCCGUGGAGUUUGUGGAACGGGAUUCUGGAAGGAAGGUGCCGAGAAAUGAAGUGACAGGCCUUCACUACGCUGAAGAGGUGGGGGGGAGGUAA